AUGCAAUUGAGCCAACGUUUGGAGUUUCCUAAACUCAAAAAUGACCUUAUUUUGAGAGCUGCUCGCGGAGAGGCCGUUGAAAGGCCUCCUUGUUGGAUAAUGCGUCAAGCAGGACGGUAUUUGCCAGAGUACCACGAAGUUAAAAACGGACGAGACUUUUUCGAGACCUGUAGGGACGCUGAGAUUGCCAGCGAGAUCACGAUUCAACCCGUCAGGAGAUACGCGGGGCUUUUGGACGCUGCCAUCAUUUUCAGCGAUAUUCUUGUCAUUCCCCAGGCAAUGGGCAUGAAAGUCGAAAUGGUUGAGGGCAAAGGUCCACAUUUUCCAGAACCUCUCAGAACUUUAGAAGAUGCCCAAAAGGUUUUGGACUACGAAGUCGACGUCUUGAAAGAACUAGCAUGGGCCUUUAAAGCGAUCACGGUGACCAGAAUGAAACUCGAUGGUCAAGUUCCUUUGCUUGGCUUUUGCGGUGGACCUUGGACUUUGCUCGUUUACAUGACCGAAGGCGGUGGAUCUCGCCUCUUUAGGUUUGCCAAACAAUGGUUGAACGAGUCCCCAAAUGUGAUUCACAAACUAUUACAAAAAACCACUGACGUCGCAGUCGAGUUUUUGGCGCAACAAGUUGUUGCAGGUGCCCAGAUGCUUCAGGUUUUCGAAAGUUGGGGUGGAGAGCUAAGUAGCCGCGAUUUUGACGAAUUUUGUCUCCCAUACGUAAGACAAAUUAGCGCCAAAUUACCUGCGCGUCUCAGAGAACUUGGUAUUAUCGAACACAUCCCAAUAACCAUUUUUGCCAAGGGUUCUUGGUACGCCCUUGAUGCUCUUUGCGACUCUGGUUACAGCGCGGUCUCACUAGACUGGCUUUGGGACCCAAAAGAAGCCGUCAAAAUCAGCAACGGCCGUGUGACAUUGCAAGGCAACCUAGACCCAGGUGUCAUCUACGGAACCGACGAGAUCAUCACAAAGAGAGUCGAAGAAAUGAUUUCAGGUUUUGGAGGAGGAAAGAAAAACUACAUUGUCAAUUUCGGCCACGGUACACAUCCUUUCAUGGACCCAGAGAAGAUCAAACAUUUUCUACAAGAAUGUCACAGAAUUGGGUCCGCUUAA